AGCAGCUGCGCUUAGCCCGGGACUGGACCGAGUUAGAGUUGAGGCGGCGGAGGAGUAGCGCGGAGUGCGUGUGACCGGGGGGAGGGGGAGCCCCGAGCCUGUGAGCGGUGGGGAGCUGGGCUCCAGCCCAGUUUGGUGCAGCCUUGGCAGAGACCAGAAAGGAGAGGAGCUCCAUUGGAGGACAGCCAUUUCAACGCUGGCUGAGAGGGAGCAGUACCAAGCGACGAAGCUGUGGUGGGUGUCAGUUGUUCAAGUACACCUCUACCUCGAUAUAACGCUGUCCUCGGGAGCCAAAAAAUCUUACUGCAUUAUAGGGUCUGAUUAAAUGCAUCCUAGAAUACUCCAGGAGCUGACUGAAGAGGACAUUUCAACCAAGGGCAUUAAGUUAAUUGGUAUAAGAGGAAUAGACCCUACACUGGAGCACUUGGGAUCAACUUAUUAAGGUUACUUGCAGAAAUCCACAAAGAUAUUUUUCCAGCCUUGAAUAAUCUUCUGUCAUAAAGUAUAUAAAGAUUUGAUGGUAUCACACGUGCAAAUUCAGCUUAUCUGGAAUGGACAGAAGUUCUCUGGGAGGAUUAGAACUGUCUGAACAUACUUCUGGUUUACUAGGAACUACUGCCAUGGCAACUGGUCUUGCAAAUAUAGGAAAUUCUUUUGGAGGUCCGCCUAAUACUCUAGUUUGUAGAACUAAUAAGUUCCAAAACUCAUCUAUAGAAGAUGAUGAUGAUGUUGUUUUUAUUGAACCUAUACAACCUCCACAGACUUCUACAUCACUGAUAUCAGACCAGAGAAACAUUGCAUUUAUUUCAUCAAAAAGCGACGAGCUUCAAGGAAAUGAUUCCAAAAUGCUUCCUCCUUCAAAAGAUUUAAGUUCUCAAAAGGGAAGUAUAAGCGAGACUAUUAUUAUUGAUGAUGAAGAAGAUAUUGAAACAAAUCAAGGACAAGAGAAGAAUGCUUCCAGUUUUAAUGAACGAAGACUUCCAGAGUGUAAAAAUAGAUCCAGCAAUAUGGAAUUCUCAGCUUCCAGUUUUUCAAGAAGUAAGGUAAAUGCAGGAAUAGGUAAUAGUGGUAUAACCACAGAACCAGACUCUGAAAUUCAGAUUGCUAAUGUUACCACAUUAGAAACAGGUAUGAGCUCUGUGAAUGAUGGUCAUUUAGAAAAUACUGAAGGGCGUGACAUGAACUUAAUGAUUACACAUGUAACAUCACUGCAGAAUACCAACUUGGGAGAUGUGUCUAACGGACUGCAGUCAAGUAAUUUUGGUGUUAAUAUACAAACAUACACCCCAUCUUUAACUUCACAGACCAAGACUGGUGUAGGACCUUUCAAUCCUGGUAGAAUGAAUGUGGCUGGAGAUGUGUUUCAAAAUGGAGAAUCUGUGACUCAUCACAGUCCUGAUUCCUGGAUAUCCCAGUCAGCUUCAUUCCCUAGAAAUCAGAAACAACCAGGUGUGGAUUCCUUGUCACCAGUGGCCUCACUUCCUAAACAGAUUUUUCAGCCGUCUGCACAACAACAACCUUCUAAACAGGUUAAAGUCACAUGUGCAAAUUGCAAAAAGCCCUUGCAGAAGGGACAGACUGCAUAUCAGCGCAAAGGAUCAGCUCACCUGUUUUGUUCCACUGCCUGCCUCUCAUCAUUCUCGCAUAAACCUGCUCCAAAGAAACUCUGUGUUAUGUGCAAAAAAGAUAUAACAACAAUGAAAGGCACCAUUGUUGCUCAAGUUGAUUCCAGUGAGUCUUUCCAGGAGUUUUGCAGUACAUCAUGUUUGUCCUUCUAUGAAGACAAGCAUAAUCCCUCAAAAGGAAUCUUGAAUAAGUCAAGAUGCACUAUCUGUGGUAAACUAACCGAGAUUCGCCAUGAAGUUAGCUUUAAGAACAUGACUCAUAAGCUGUGUAGUGACCACUGCUUCAAUAGAUACAGAAUGGCGAAGGGUUUAAUAAUGAAUUGCUGUGAGCAUUGUGGGGAGUACUUGCCCAGUAAAGGAGCUGGAAACAAUGUCCUUACGAUUGACGGUCAGCAGAAAAGAUUCUGCUGCCAAAACUGCGUUGGUGAAUAUAAACAGAAAUAUGGCAAAUUAACAACUUGUACUGGUUGCAGAGCUCAGUGCAGGUUUUUUGAAAUGACUCAGUGCAUAGGACCUAAUGGAUAUAUGGAGCCAUACUGCUCAACUGCAUGCAUGAACACACACAAAUCAAAAUAUGCAAAAUCACAAAGUAUGGGAAUUAUUUGCCACUUUUGUAAACGAAACUCUUUACCUCAAUAUCAAGCCACAAUGCCUGAUGGAAAACUGUACAACUUUUGCAGUUCCAGUUGUGUAGCUAAAUUUCAGACUCUUAGUGUGCAGUCUUCAACCAAUGGUCAGUUUGUGUCUCCAAGUGACAUUCAGCUGAAAUGCAAUUAUUGCAAAAGUUCUUUUUGUUCAAAACCAGAAGUACUGGAGUGGGAGAACAAAGUAUAUCAGUUCUGCAGCGGAACUUGUUCUGAUGAUUAUAAGAAACUGCACUGCAUAGUUACAUACUGUGAAUACUGCCAAGAGGAGAAAACACUGCAUGAAAUGGUGAAUUUCUCUGGUAUCAAAAGACCAUUCUGUAGUGAAGGAUGCAAGCUGCUAUAUAAACAAGAUUUUGCAAGACGGUUAGGAUUGAGAUGUGUUACUUGUAAUUACUGCUCACAACUCUGUAAAAAGGGAGCUACUAAGGAACUUGAUGGUGUAAUAAGAGAUUUCUGCAGUGAAGAGUGCUGUAAAAAAUUUCAAGACUGGUACUUCAAGGCUGCCAGGUGUGACUGUUGUAAGUCUCAAGGAACUCUCAAAGAGAAAGUACAGUGGCGUGGAGAAAUGAAACAUUUCUGUGAUCAGCACUGCUUACUGCGUUUCUACUGUCAACAGAAUGAACCUAAUAUGGCAACACAAAAAGGGCCUGAAAAUUUGCAUUAUGAUCAGGGUUGUCAGAUUUCCCGAACAAAAAUGACAGGUUCAGUGCCACCCCCUUCUCCAACGCUUAACAAAGAGAUGAAGAACAAGGCAAUUCUUUGCAAACCUUUGACAAUGACAAAAGCUACAUACUGUAAACCUCACAUGCAGACAAAAUGUUGUCAGACAGAAGAUGAUUGGAAGAAAGAAUAUGUCCCAGUGCCUGUUCCUGUACCUGUUUAUGUUCCGGUGCCUAUGCACAUGUAUAGUCAAAAUGUUCCUGUUCCGACAAUGGUUCCUGUUCCAGUGCCAGUUCCAGUUUUUCUGCCCACCACUCUGGAUAGCAAUGAGAAGAUCCUUGCAGCAAUAGAAGAGCUGAGAGGUAAAGUUCCUUCAAAUCCUCUGGAGGCUGAGCUACUGACUAUAGCUGAGAUGCUGCCUGAAGAUGAUGGAAAAACGGAGACUACGGAUCUGAACAGUGUAAUAAUUGAAACAGACUUGCUAAACUCUGAUACAGAGAUGCAGACAAGCUUGCCUGAUAUUCCGUAUGAACCAGAUCUCGAUAUUGAAAUUGAUUUUCCAAGAGCGGCUGAGGAGCUUGAUACAGAAAAUGAAUUUUUGCUGCCUCCUGUAUUUGGGGAAGAAUAUGAGGAACAGCCAAGACCUCGAUCCAAAAAGAAGGGAGUGAAGAGAAAAGCAGUGUCAGAAUACCAGUCUCAUGAUGAUAGCUCUGAGAAUUCAGAGUGUAGUUUUCCUUUCAAAUAUGCAUAUGGUGUAAAUGCGUGGAAACACUGGGUAAAAACUAGGAGUCUAGAUGAAGAUCUGCCAGUAUUAGAGGAACUGAAAUCAACAAAAUCUGUGAAAUUAAAGGAAGAUCUGCUAUCACAUACAGUAGCUGAGCUAAACUAUGGCUUGUCACGUUUUGUCAAUGAAAUUCGAAGACCGAAUGGAGAGAACUAUACACCUGACAGCAUCUAUUAUCUGUGUCUUGGGAUUCAGGAGUAUUUGUAUGGAAGCAAUCGAAAAGACAAUAUAUUUAUUAAUCCAAGCUACGAGACAUUUGAGCAGGAAUUAAAUAAAAUCCUUAAAAGUUGGCAACCAAGCAUACUUCCAGAUGGGUCAAUAUUCUCUCGAGUUGAAGAAGAUUAUCUUUGGAGGAUAAAACAGCUAGGAUCACACUCUCCAUUUGCUCUUCUGAAUACACUGUUCUACUUUAACACUAAAUAUUUUGGCCUGAAAACAGUGGAGCAGCACUUAAGACUUUCCUUUGGCACCGUUUUUAGACAGUGGAAAAAAAAUCCUCGAACAAUGGACAGCAAAGCUUGUCUUCGAUAUCAAGUUUCUUCCCUAUGUGGCGCGGAUAGUGAAGAUAAAAUUACUACUGGAAAAAGGAAACAUGAAGAUGAUGAGCCAGUGUUUGAACAAAUUGAAAACACAUCAAAUCCUGCUAGAUGUCCAGUAAAAAUGUUUGAGUGCUAUCUAUCUAAGAGCCCACAGAAUCUUAAUCAGAGAAUGGAUGUGUUCUAUUUACAACCGGAAUGCUCUGUUUCCUCAGAUAGCCCUGUCUGGUAUACUUCCACUUCACUGGACCGCAACACUUUGGAACACAUGCUCGUACGGGUUCUUUUAGUAAAAGAUAUUUAUGAUAAAGACAAUUAUGAACUGGAUGAAGAUAUAGAUUAAAACAAACUUCCAAAAGCUGUCAGGAAAAACAAAACAGCAUUAGAUAGUCAUGCUGCUAGACCUUUAUUAUGGAAACCAUUUCAAGUUUACUCUUCGUUUUAUGAGUUUUGUAGCAGUGUACCCUGACCUGGGUAUUACCAUGUAAAUAAUCCGUGAGUGAAAGUUGCCAUUAUCCUCUUACGUAGUGGUUUUAGGAUACUUAACAAACACAUUCAAAUUCUUUUUUUUAUUAUUAUUUAUUUGAUUAGGUAUGUUUGUAACUUUUUACAUUGCGAAAUAUGAAUGAGAAUGUGCCAUGUGUAAUUUUUUUUCUUGUAGUAAGAAACAUCCAUAUUGCACAACUCUACUGUUGCAAGCUUCCUUGAAAGGAGGCUCUUUUACUGGGUUCUUCAACCAGACGGUUGUGUAUGGGUAGCACUACUAAAGUUUAGAACUUGCUGUGUCUUUCAAAUUUUUAAAUAAAUUGUAAACUAAUAGGUUUUUUACUUUUUAGUUACUGAAGCCUUAUAAGGUUAUGUAGAGAGAUUCCAUCUUAUGUACCAAAAAUAGACAAAAGAGAAUGCUGUCAAUAUUGGUGUACUGUAAUGUGAAUCUAUACUGGUGAAAACAACUUUUUUGUUGCCCUUAUUAAAACCUUAGUGUCCUUUCCUUAUUUGUGACUCUCUGAAUUGCCCCUUCAAAUAAAAUAUAUAUUCAAAAUGA